AUGUGGAAACAAAAGGAUGCCGAUCGGAUGCUUGUGGAAAUCGCUGUUGCUGCGACAAUUUUAUUUGCAUUUUUGACUACAAAAAUGAGACGAAAUUCGAUGUACAUUAAUUUUUUAUUCGUCAUCACAGUCUCAUCAUCUCUUUAUCUUUAUUCACUUCGACUAAAUGUACACCUUUACAAUCUACCUUUAUUGUUUUACAAACGAAUUUUUGACGGAACUGAUCAAAGGUAUUGUUUGCUGUUAUUUUAUUGGAUAUGUAUCAUUGCAACGUUGUUAUUUUGCAUUGUUGUCAAUCAUUCAUCGCAUAGCUCAACAGUGCAUCGUAAAUUCUUUCAUCUUACAAUAUCGCUAAUUUGCAUAACUGGUAUUCAAUAUGAUUUUGAGUUAAUUUGGCUCUUUGCUUGGUUGAUGCUUUGCGUUUUUGUAAUCAUUGAGGUUUUCCGUUCCAAAUGUGUAACACCGUGGUCAACUUAUCUGAAUAACUGGUUAUUGAUUUUUGUCGAUAAACAGGAUUCACCAGAACUUAUUUUAACUCCUAUUUAUCUAUUGGCUGGAAUAUUUUUGCCUCUUUUCCUUUCACCAAUCAAUAAUAACGAAUAUCGUCAUUUGUAUCACUUCGCGGGUGUUGCUACAGUUGGUGUUGGUGACAGUAUGUCAGCAAUUGUUGGUUCACGAUAUGGACGCUUAUAUUGGCCAAAAUCAGCGAAAACAGCAGAAGGAAGUGUUGCAUUUGCUAUUUGCCAAUUUAUCUUUUCCAUUCUAAUAUGUUUAUGUUAUUUAGAAUAUGAUAUUGGGAUUUAUCGAUUACUUAGGAUUUUAUUUUGCUCAGUUAUAUGUGCUAUUUUUGAAGCUGGAUUACCUGCCAUGGAUAAUAUUAUUCUACCUGUGAUAGCUUAUUUGAUUUUGUUUUAA